AUGUCCACAAUGUCGACACUGCGAGACACACUAUACGGCAUAACAUCGUGCUGCUUCCCCAAUCCAACCCUGCAAAUCAACAAGCGAGCAUUCAAAGUGAUUCAGCUGCUGGGUGAAGGUGGCUAUGCCUUUGUCUAUCUUGUCCAAGAUGUUGCUACAGGUCGACAUUAUGCUCUCAAGAAGAUCCGUUGUGCCCCUGGGGAUCAAGAAGCUGUUGCUGAUGCUAUGCGCGAGAUAGACAUGUAUCGUAUGUUCCAGCAUGAGAACAUCAUCAAAGUCUUGACUACAAGCAUAUGCAUGGAAAAGGAUGGGGGUAAAACGAUAUACAUCUUCCUCCCAUAUUAUAAGAGAGGCAAUUUGCAAGACAGCAUCAAUGCCAACAACUUGAACAAGUCGCAUUUCCCUGAGCCAGAUUUACUUCGCUUCUUCCGCAACAUUUGCUACGCCGUUCGGGCAUUACACCAUUAUCGACUACCCAAAGUACCCAAACGCAAUACUGAAGAUGACGACGAGCUAUUGGCUGUUGUACCUCAAUUAACACAGCAACGCAUGAUGCCAAUAUCAACAUCCAUCCCAUCACCCAUGGUCUCUGGCAGCUAUUACAAUGCGAAUGGAUAUCAAGAUGAUGAGCGUGUGGAUGAAGAAGGCACUUUGGUUCCAUAUGCACACCGCGAUCUCAAGCCAAGCAAUAUCCUCAUUGCGGAUGAUGGUCAUACCCCAAUCUUGACUGACUUUGGAUCCAUUACACGAGCACGAAUAACGAUCAAAACACGGCGAGAAGCACUUUUGCAGCAAGAUCUGGCGGCAGAGCACUCGACCAUGGCGUAUCGCUCACCAGAAUUGUACGACGUCCAACCCAAUACACAAUUGGAUGAGAAAAUGGAUAUUUGGAGUUUGGGAUGUUUACUUUAUGCAACUGCUUACGGUCAAAGUCCCUUUUCUGAAGCCAACAUGCAUGAAGUAGGGGGAUCAAUGUCCCUAGCGGUGCUAAAUGGCCAAUACAAGUUUCCACCUUCUGAAAGCGAUCCCUACUCUGAAGGAUUUCGAGGACUUAUUCGAUCAAUGCUGGUGGUCGAUCGUAAGGAACGAGCUGACAUACAUUCGGUCAUUGCCACGGUCGAUCGCUUGUUGGAAGAACUUGCUCUAUCAUCAUCAUGA